CUAGCUCUAUUAUUGCAAGAGUGCGCUUUACAAUUGACUUAAAAAUGUUUUUUGAUUCAUACAGUUAUCAACCCUUGCCAGAAACUUUGGAGGCAAGAUCAGAUGGACGUGCGGGAUUCGUGAAUCCAAAGAAUUUGGAUCAUGUUAAAUUUCGGGGCAAAAAUAAAGGCCUAUUGGAGCAGGACGAACCCGCAGAAAUUAAAUUUGGAAAGUCCAUCUUGAAAAAUAACAUCAGUCCUGCAUAUAAACAAACAAUGGAUAAGAUUCGGCCAUUUUACGAUAUUACGUGCGAUCGCUUUAACAGUCAGCGAUUGGUUGAAGAUCAGGACGACAAUGAAUUCAAUAAUGACAAUAUGGGUCGUCCAAAUAACACCAGAAUGAACGAAAGGUGCAUAGAAAAUGAGAACACCUUUGGAUAUAAUAUUGGACACACCAUUGGAUAUACCAUUGGUUGUGCCAUUAAAGAUACAAAGAAACUUAAAAAAGCCGGAUCUUUCCUGAAGGCCGUAUGGAAACCAAUCAAAAAAUCAGCACAGAAGUUAUGGAGAGGAAUGAAAAAUGGAGAAACUGAAUACAUUCAGUUUGAUUAAUGAUCUCUUUGUCUCCAUGAUUUUAGUCAAGUUUCCAUCUGCUUGAUAUGGUUCGAGUACAUCUCGGGUAAGAGUUUAAUCAGAAUAUUUUUGUAUUUUACACUUAACACAGAUGAUUUUCUACCCACAAUUUAUAAAUUAAACACCAUUUCUAUCUCCAAUAAAAAUGGUGUUUUGGCCAUGUUAACAGAAGAACAGAAAACAUGUAUUAAAGUGGAGAUACAUCAUGUUUUUUAUG